AUGGGUACCAUUGCCGAAGGCGUCGAAUUCGACACGGUCGCUCGUGAAUGGCGAUGCAAAUGGUCGCCCGACAAUGACAAGAAAGCCCUCGUCGAAGCACAAAAGGCAUUGAAAGAAGUCAUUGGUGAUAUUCAAAAGGUCGACGGAUUUAAAAAGACCGAUCGUGUUGUUUGUGGUGGAUGCAUGGAUUUCAAAGUCAUCACGUCGCUUCCGGCCGAGAAAUUUGGAGCCUGGGAAGAAGCCAAGUUUGCGCCCGAAGAGACAUUCUUGGCCAAACUCAAGGCGAUUGACGGAAUUUCCGUUGUCGAGACGCAAACCUACACGCUCAUGCCUGUGGCUCCAUAAAUAUUCUAUA